AUGUCGAGGAACACACCAGAAUAUUUGCUUGGUUUGAAUCAAUUUAUAGAAUUUGCAUUUAAGAAUGGAGCUAUAAGAGAUAGAAUAAAAUGUGCAUGUCCUAAAUGUGGCUUUAGAAAGUGGCAGACUAAAGAUAUAGUAUUUUACCAUUUGGGCUGCAAACCAUUCCCUGAAAAUUAUGUCACUUGGUUUAUGCAUAGGGAAAUGGAUGUGGUGCAUAGUUCUAACAACAUAGAGGUUACCCAUGAUACAAUACCUCCCGAAAAUCCUAUAGAAUUAUUGAUUAAUGAAGCAUUUGGGGGCUUAAGACAUGAGAGCGUUGAUGUAGGUCCAUCACAAGUAGUGGGAGAAGAAGAAAUGUUAAACGAAAUGCCAGCUUCAUACAACAAAGACUUUUUUGACUUGCUUAUAAAUGGAAAUCAAGAACUGUACGAAGGGUCCAAGUACUCAAAGUUAGAGUUUUUGUUAAAGUUAUAUCACAUAAAGUGUUUGUCUGGGUUGAGUAACAAGGAAAUGACUAUGAUACUAGAUCUACUUAGGGAUGCAUUUAAAUUUGCAAAAAUCCCUAUAUCUUUUUAUGAGGCCAAGAAUACCAUCAAUAAGUUGUGUCUUGAUUAUGUUAAGAUCGAUGCUUGUCCGAAUGACUGCAUGUUGUACUGGGAAGAUGAUAUUGAUGAAGAAACAUGUAAGAAGAAGCAGUUUGCUACAACUAAGAAGCAAAAGAAGAAGCCUGCAAAAGUUUUGCGUUACUUUCCAUUAAAAUCAAGGUUACAAAGAUUGUUCAUGUGUUCUAAGACGGCAGAGCAUAUGAGAUGGCAUGCGGUGGGUGGUAACAAAGAUGGAAUCAUAAGGCAUCCUAGAGACGGUGAGGCAUGGAAGAGGUUUGAUUCAACGUUUCCUGAAUUUUCUUCUGAUCCUCGAAAUGUUCGAUUAGGCCUAGCUAGUGAUGGUCUUAACCCUUUUGGGAUGAUGAGUACUAAUUAUAGCAUUUGGUCAGUGAUUUUGGUUCCAUAUAAUCUUCCACCUUGGUUGUGUAUGAAGCAACCAAAUUUUAUCCUCUCAAUGAUGAUUCUAGGUCCACGUACGGCGGGGAAUAAUAUAGAUGUAUACCUGCAACCCCUUAUUAAGGAGUUGAAUGAGUUGUGGAGUAAAGGUGUGGAAAUUUUUGAUUCAUCAAAGGAUGAAAUAUUUAGAAUGCGAGCAGCUCUUAUGUGGACAGUCAGUAAUUUUCCUGGACUUAAUAUCUUAUCUGGUUGGAACACACAUACUUGUUUUGCAUGUCCCUCUUGUAAUUUUGAUACAGAACCUUGUCGACUUCGGCAUAGUAGAAAGUGGUGCUUUAUUGGCCAUCGUCGAUUUUUGGCAAGAAAUCACAAAUUUAGAUUGAUGAAGCUUCGCUUUGAUGGAAAUGUGGAAGAGAGGCCCCCCGGCCCCCAAAUAAAUUAUCUGGGUCCGACAUUUUACAACAAGUGA